AUGGUUCUACGCCUUGCACUCAACAACACGAACAGUCCUGUCUCAGUUGGCACUGGCGCUCACAUUACCGACCUCAACUUUGACAACAACCAUGCGGGGACCACCUUCGGCGAAAGAGAAGAUCGAACCUUCCAAGAGCGUGAAUCCUCUGCCUAUGUGGACGGCGAAGCUGUAGAACAACCUGCUGACACCCACGAGAAAGGUAGCGAGUCCAUCGUGACUACCUUCACAAAAUACCUUUGA